AGCAAAACACCAGCACCUUCCAUCGAACUAGCCGUCCUUGACGCCCGCGUGAGGGAGUAACGAUCUUCUUGUUUCUGUGUGUGUUCGCGUCAAGGUUGAUCAUCGUCGUCAUGCUACGUCGCAUCGCCAACAAGUCUGGUAUGGCGGCCGCCGCCCCCAUGCUGGCCAGCUCCCGCGCUUACAACAUGUUUGUCUUCAAGAACCCCGAUCGCCGCCCCCAGUUGUCGGCGGAGGAACGCGCCAAGGUGAAGAUCAACUACGCCGAGUGGCCGGUGGAGUUCCGGGAUUACGAUCCGGAGGACCCCUACAAGAACUCGCCCGAGAUUAUCGAAGGCCUGAGCAGCUGGAACCUCUUCCUCUGGGGCGUGGAGUGUGCCUUCAUUUACCAGUUCUACGAGCUGGUCUUCCCCAAGAGCAUCUAA